AGUUGGAAGCUGGUGCCACAGCUGGGUCAGAAGCUCCUCUUGAUGGCACUCCAAGAGGGCUAGGUCCCACAAUGCCCUGCGCCUCAGUGCUCCACCCCUUCAACCCCAAAGUCAAGUUUGCUCCCACACUAACGCUUCAAGGUGCUGACAAAGCCUGACAGUUCGCAAAAAGCCCUGCCAGACUUGUGUGAGGAGACUGAUCGGAGCGGCUGACUUAUUCUGGGACGCUCUGACGGGCUGGUCUGAAAGGGAGGGACGCCGGCUUUCAAGCGUCAGUCACAACGUCAUGGCAUCACAGACCAUAUCCGAUGAAGUAUCGGUAACCUUUCCCCAACCUGGCACCGAUAUUCUGGAACCAGGCCGAACUGUGCAGUCUAGUUCCUCUCACCAGCAGAAGGGCGUUCAGCAGAAAACUUUGAAGAGGAAAUCAAAGGUCUUGGGUGUCUUCCAGAUUCUGAUUGGUACGAUGAUACUCGUCUGUGGGAUAAAAUUGACACUCAGUGAACACCCUCCCUAUGUUUCUUAUUCAGGGUAUCCAGUCUUUGGAGGUUUAUUCUUCAUUGUUUCAGGAGUCGUCUUAGUCUCAGUGAAAAGAAAAAACAAAAAAUGUCUGGUAUGGAGCAUUCUGGAAAUGAAUAUUAUUAACAUCAUAAUCUCAGGGUUGGGGAUUAUCUUCCUGUUAAUUAAUUUAGUCGCUGAAUUAUUAGCACAUUACCAUUGGGCACCUCGUUUGGACCUUGCUUCGGUCAUUGGGCUGACAUCUACGAUCCUGAUCUUAACUCUUCUGGAAUUUGUCACUGAGAUUUUCUUCCCAUUCUCUAGAUGCGGAGUAACUCAUGACUUUGGUCAGAAUUUGGGACAAGUGCCGGCUGAUUCCAGUUGUCCAGAGAAGAGUCCCAGUGAAUGUCACUAUCAAAGUUUGACAAGUCAUUCCCCGGAUUACGAGGAGUUAAGAUUUCAAAAAUGACAUCCUGCUAACGGUAUUAUGGUAUCCACCUGGAGUUGUGAUUUCCUUAGUUCGCAAGUGAAGAAGCUUCACAAAAUCAGCUCUCUGAUGUGAAACGUAUCCAUUUUCCAAAUAUUUUAUUUGAAUUUCUGUAUCCUCUCUUUUUCAGUGAACAAAUCCAAUAAAUGAUCUAAGAUGUC